AUGAAAUUCCGAUCUCGAAAGAUCCCCAACAGUGUCAUCAGGGAGACUUCCCCAGACUGGCCCGAUGACGUGGCGACAGGCGAAGUACGCGACGAGCAAGGUCCAGAUCUGCACAAUGCAGGAGCUGACAAAAGCAUGAUAAACACAAAGACCGCCUCAUCGAAGUCCAAUGCUACCCCCCAUCCCUGUCCACCUUCUACCGAAAGCGCCAUCUUCCAUCCAUUCCCAAAGCUAGCCCUCGAAAUUCGACGCAUGAUAUGGAAAGAAACCUUCCCACCUGAGCAGAUAAUUUCCUUGGUCAUUCCAAAAGAAUAUUACCAGAAGCGCAAGGAUCAACAACGUCCAUUGCCCGCUGCUCUCCAUGUCAACCAGGAAAGUAGGCAGGUAACCCUGGAAAAUUAUGUUAUCCUUAGCCACUUCACCAAUGAGAGGUUUCCCACCUUCGGAUGUCCCUCGGCCCUUCCCGUCUGCUUCGAUCCUGCUCGAGAUCGCAUCGCCACCACACUCAACACCCUGUUCUACAAGACGGAGCUAAAGGACAUCGCACAAAAAUUGCUGAAGAAAACACCGCGUCUCGCAACUAAAUUGAGAGAGAGCACUGUUGAGGUUGACUUCCAUGGUUUGAAAUUCUGGGCCUGGCACAUAUGGUCUCUGGGGACUCUCGAUGUUCAGAAUGGUCGAUAUUUUAUGGCUGGCAUGUUGCCGUACUUCACGAACUCCAGUAUAUCCAACUGUAUCUCGGGUCUGACCACAAGCCUACUGAGCAAAGAAAGAACUCGCCUUCUUAUACGUGGGAAUCUCUGGAGGAGAUGGAGGGAUACCGAGCCCAAGUCCAAGAAUACUUUGAAGAGUUGA